AACUCUGUAACAUCAGUAUUACGCAAUCGAUGGUAAACAAACAGAACUUCUUCCCAUAGUAUUUAAGUAUAUUGAUGUGCUGAAUGCAUAGUUUUAUUACGGCCUAAAACAUGUAUUACUAAUAUUUUCCAAUAUAUAUUUAUUAAUUUGUAGUAAUUUUUACAGCAAUGACAUUCCUUUGCAAAGUAUGAAAACAAGAGAAAUUUCAAGAUGGAAAUUUGCCAGUGUAUGGCUGCGAAAUCAUCGGUCACGACCCAAGGUUAUAAACGCUAAACCGAAAACUGCUUGGCUAAGUCAAACAUCCGCACAAUCAAAUGAUAAGUUGGGGAUGCACUACAGUAUACGCAACAUACUUGCUAUGGGUGCAGUAUUGGGAGCAUUCCCUGUCUGCAACAUCAACAGUGCCAGCACUAAGGCGCUUCGGUUUCGCUGGACCUCCUGGGUUACAUUAUACUCACUGUUGCUACUCCUGGCACUGGUGGCAGUCGAGAUCGUAUCCAUUGACUACACUAUACAACAUCUCAACCAAAUCAGCCUCACUGUUGCGGGUGGUUUCAAGCGGGCUACAUCUGGAACAAUUUUCUAUGGAAGUGCAUGUACGGGAGUGUACUUAUUUCUACAGUUAGCCAUAGCAUGGCCAGAUUUGGCACGCAAAUGGCGUACUGUUGAACUAUCAAUGAAACGCUACGGUCAACCAAAACUCUUCAUACGAUUUAUUACAACAGCAGCUAUAUUUUUGUCACUCGCUUUUUUAGAAAAUGGACUGCACAACUGGCUUGGAGUUCAGACCGUUGCCAACAAUAGAUCUCAGGAGAAUAAAACGGUUUUGCUACUAGACUACAUAAAAAUAUUCGCAACGAAUACUCAUUGGUUCCUGUUCGACGGCCAUUCGUACAGCACGUGGAAGGGGUUCGCUACUAUCUGGGUGAGCCUCUCUGGAACCUUCAUUUGGAACUUUAUUGAUCUGUUUAUCAUGCUGGUCAGUUCGGCCCUUGCGGCACAGUUUCACAUCCUCACGUCCGCUCUUAGACUGGUCAGGGGAAAGGUCCUACCACAGUCCCAGUGGCGGGAGUAUCGUGAAAUGUAUGCUUCACUCACUCAUCUUGUAAAACUGGUCGACCAUCACAUCAACAAGAUUAUUGUUCUCUCAGUUGCCAAUAACGUCUACUUCAUUUGUGCGCAACUCAUCGCAGAGAUAGAUUCCGGUAAGAAAGGAAAUCAGUACAAAUCUCAGGCGUUCUACAUGUACUCGGUACUGUUCCUCGUCGGUCGUACAUCUGCAGUAGUGAUCCAGGCGGCCGCCAUCCAUGACCAGAGCCGGCUAGUGGCUCCCGAACUCUUCCUCUGUCCAUCGGAGAGCUAUUGUACAGAGGUGCAGAGGUUUUUACAAGAAGUUACAUCGGACUACGUUGCUCUAACAGGUUUCAACAUGUUCAGCAUUACAAGGAACUUCCUUCUUGGAAUUGCUGGAGCAAUCCUUACUUAUGAAAUUGUUCUAAUUCAACUCCAGAAUGCAAGUUAAACGUCACGCUUCACUAUUAAAUACAGAACCACGUGAAAAUAUGCUCAACAAACAUAGAGGAAAUAAUAGUCAUGGCAAUUUUGUUGAUUAGACUAAUUACAUAGUCCAUAUAAGGCUUAGAAAAGCUGUAAAGAUCAUACCGGUACUGAUUAAUUCGUUUUACAGCCAACUAGAGACGUUCCUAGGAUUGUUGACGUCCAGAGCAAGUGAAGUCUUGGUCUUUAGUAAUUAUACAAAAGGUAAAUUCACAUAGUUCCCUAAAGAAUAUGGGUCCUUUAUGUAGAAUAUCAAUUUCACGCUUGUAUGUUUCGUGCUCAGUGAAGCAAGAGCACGCUUCCUGCUUUAGUCUAAUAUAUACAGUACAUUAUAUACAUUAUUUUAUAUAAAACUUACGUUCUGUGUAUGUCUUAUUGUAAUUGAUUGCUGCUUGUAAUUCCUCCAUCGCAAAACCUUAUUGUUGUUUAAAAGAAAGAACAUUGGAUGUUAUUUUUAUUUCGGCUCAAAAGUUUGUAUCAGAAAACAAGUAUUAUAUUUAAUGAAAAUUUGUCAUACACCGAACACUUUAAUAGGCUUUUCAAAUUGCUGAUUUGGAAACAGAUAAAUAUUUGCAGUGCUGCCUAGUUUAUAUUAUGAACAUAAUGAAUACUAUAGGAGUUAGAAAUCUAGUCAAGUGUACGUUUAUUAGAAUAAAUAUUAAGUAGGAUAGAAAUAAUUGGACGUAAUUAAUUUGAAAUAAUUAAAUACUGAUUAGGGAACUAUUUAUUAUUUUAAGUUAUAGGAGUAAAUAGUUAUACCAUUUUAGUGAUUUUGAGUGUUAUAUGGAGUACAAAUAGUAUUAUUUAUUUAUUUAUGAAUUUAAAAUUCUUAGUUUUGUAGCAGUAGUAUUUGCGAUUUUCAUCUAGAUGUUUUAAUGAUUUUCGAUUAUUAUGAGGAGUGUCGAUAUAUUGGAAAACUGAGCGACGUUUAUUAGGAUUGUAUUUUUUUAUUUGGGAAAUUCAUUGAUCGAUGUGUUAUAAACGUAUAUUGACAAAUUGUUUUUUACUCUAGAAUUGUAUUGGCAGGUAGUAUUGUAAUUCGGGAUGGAAGGACUCAUAAAUACUUGGUCUAAAAAGGUUAAAGUGGACAGUUGCAUAUAGGCUGUAAGGUCCCUGAAGAAUGAAGGCUCAGUUAAAUCGACUUUCAAUUUUUAUGACCUUGUUUAUAGUGGUUAUGAAAUAGACUGUAAGGAUGUAAGGAUGGGUGGUAAAUAAUCUGUGAACUGGAACUCACGCAUUUUAGUAAUUGAACAUCAAGUCUAGUGUCCUGUGUGCCCCUGAGUUGGAUAAUACAUUACAUUUUAGCGCAAUUUUAUUAAAAUUUAGUUUUGUUUUCACGGAUUUAAAAAUGACAUUAUUAGAUUUACUUUAUAUUGGAUAAGCAUUUACAUAAAAAUGGAAUUAAAAUGAAGUUUAAAGUUAAUUGAUUUUUAAUAACUACAUUAUUUUUAAUUAUAAUGUUAAAUUGCUCUUUAAUAAUAGUAAUAUACAAUUAAAAUUAUUUUAAAGGACUUUAAACCGCUAAACAAUAAAAGUUGAAUGGUUAUUUAGAUUUAAGUAAUAAAAAACCACUUCAUGAAAAGUGCUAGACACGCUUGCACUGGUAUCAACUUGCAGAGGAUCGUGUAAGGUGCAUUACAAUGAAAUAUGUUUAAGUUUAUUAAAUGCCCAAGAGUGUAGUUGUGAAGAAUUUCAAUACCCGAUUUUGAAUAUUGAGUUUUAAUAUGUUUUUAUUUAAGUGGCCAUCAUUUAUUGAAUAGAAAAAAAAUCGAUUUAUACUUAAUUAAGUUUAAAGGGAUUGAAGUUACAAAUAUUGAAUAUAUUUCUGUUUAUUUAUUUAUCGCAAUGCCUUGGAGAAAGAAAAUGUAGACUAUAACAAUCUAGCUUUGUUAUUUGAAGUCCUAUUUUAAUUUAAUUGCUAAGAGUUACGUUUAUCGAAGUGAAUUUUUAAAAGUAAUUCAUAAUAAACAUUUAGUUUGCU